AUGUUUUUACGAGAAGAACCCAAUGGUCUUCUCCUCCGCUUCAUCGAUAAUGGCUGGGAUCACCUCAAGGACUUCCCAAAUAUCAUGUUGCCCUACCCACCUAUAACCUUUACACCAACUUUCUGGACCGAAAUCUGGAAUCUCAUAAUGGAGCCCCAAGUGGCCAGCAUAUGGAAAACCAAAGUACGAAGUGGACAAAUCCGCACAGCGAGCGAAUUUUACAUCGAGGUACGAGAGGCGAUUGAGAAAGUGGGAAAGGCCAGAAGAUACAUGGGAAUAGAUUAG